AAGAGAUUCAAACUAGUGGCGGGCCCUGCGGGUGCGGUCUUCCUGCGGUCGGCGUCCGGCCGAGCAGUCCUCCUCCAUGGAGCUGAUCCGAAGCUUCUGCGCGAAGCUGCGGUCUCUGGCCGUCAGCCUGGACAGCGAGACGGCCCGGCUGCAGCGGGCGCUGGACGGAGAGGAGAGCGACUUUGAAGACUAUCCAGCGAGAAUUUUAUAUGACCUUCAUUCCGAAGUCCAGACUCUAAAGGAUGAUGUCAUUCUUCUUCUUGAUAAAGCAAGUUUGGAAAGUCAAGAAAGCAUUGGUUUUGUAAAAGCAACAAAAGUACUAAUGAAGAAAAAUUCAAUGGAUAUCAUGAAAAUAACAGAGUUUUUCCAGAAGUAUGGAUAUAAUCCACGUGACAAGAAAAAUGCAGUGGAUGAACAAGAAAUCACGGACUCUGAAUCAGAGUCCACGAAGCAUGAAAAUUUUCAAAUGCCUGAUGUGAAGGACGGUCUGUCUGAUCCUGCUGUUCCGAGCACUUCUAGUUCUGAGAAGUCUCCACGGAGUCCCCAACUUUCAGAUUUUGGACUUGAGCGGUACAUGAUAUCCCAGCUUCCACCAAACCCCCCACAGGCAGUAAACGACUAUGAGGAAGAGCCCCAAGCCCUAAGUCUAUCUGCCAAGCAGCCCCUGGUUAAAGUACUAAAAACUCCAAAAUGUGCACUAAAGAUGGAUGAUUUUGAGUGUGUAACUCCUAAAUUAGAACACUUUGGUAUCUCAGACUAUACUGCAUGUUUAAAUGAAGAUUACACGAUGGGACUUAAAAAUAUGAAGGAGAAUAAAAGGGAGAGGGCUGUAGAAUCAGAACCAGUGACCGGUGAGAAUUUCUUUGCUACUCCUGGCCUCGUAAUCCAGAAGUUGAAAAAAAAUGGUGGCUACUGUACAGAUUCCCCCUUGGCGCCCACAUUCUGCACUCCUGGUUUGAAAAUUCCUUCUACAAAGAAUAGUACAGCUUUGGAAUCCACAAAUUACCCAUUAUCAGAAACAAACGGUUCAUCAAAUGAUUUGGAAAUGAAAGACUGUACAUCGUUAGUUUUAAAUUCAGAGAAGUGUUGUGAGAGUUUUGCAGAUCCCUCUUCUCCCGUAAUUUCUUCUUACGAGAAUCUGCUGAGAACACCUACCCCUCCAGAAGUCACUACCAUUCCAGAGGAUAUUCUCCAGAUUUUAUCAAAAUACAACUCGAACCUCGCUACACCAGUGGCGGUGAAGGCCGUGCCGCGCAGCAAAGGGCUCCCCCCCCAACACGGAGGACCGAGCAUCCGAAGCUUUGGCAACAAAGAAAACUGGUGAAGAAAGUUUUGCAAGUAUGGACACUGACCAGAAGGCGCUGGAGGCAGAGCUGGACUGACUGAUCACAUCGGCCUACCUUCUCCCCUUGUAAACACCAGCCGUAUUAAAGAGGAACAUGGACACUGGUCUGCUUUUUGUUGAGAUCUGACUUCGUUUACCUUGGUCUUCCUCAUCAUUCCGUUUUUAAAGAUCAUCACGCCUGCACUGGUUUCACAGUGACCCUGCCUGACCCAACCAGCUGGAGGUGUGAUACCAGGAAGCAGGUCAAUAAUCAGGUUCUUAAAUGAUCACUGUUUGUCCUUCAGACAAGGCCGUCCUGAUCCGCGGCGAGGUGGCCGUGCCGUCGGCUAGAGCGGCCCCUCCUGGGCUCUGGCUCUGUCCUUGCCCGGCCUCGUGUCUCAGGACGGUCCCAGAGCCCCCCACACCUGUCAGCAGCGCGGAGACUGUGGUUUACAGGUGACCUCAUUUAGGAAGAGGGAGGGGUCUGCAGGCCCGGGCGACUAUACUGCAGGCGGCCUCGGGCCUCGGGAGGACGGACCCCCGGAACCAGGGCCCACCCGUCAGGACGCGUGCUUUUCGUUUCUACGCACAGAUUUGUACACGUCAGUUUCAUCCUCCUGAAUCCACUCCCCCCCCACCACAUGGCUGCUGACCUUUCCACAUUCCCGCUCUCCAGCUUGGCCACCCAGCCACCCCCGAGCCUCUAUCUGGAAGGUUUUGCGGACUCUUCCUGGGCCAGGUGCCCUUCUGGGGACUGUCACCUGUGACCCCAGGAGGCGGGAGACCCUUGUCUCUGGAGCUUCAGGCCACCCUGUCCAAGCCCAGGAUCCUUUCUAUGUAAGCGGGAAGUAGUUCUAAGUUCGUGCAAGUAUUGGCGAACUCCAGGUUACAACCAAAGGGAAGAGAAGGGCCUGGCCUACUGUGGACACCGGUUAAAAAUUUGAGAAGAAACAGGUGGCGAGUAUCGUGACAAGGUGCUUCCGGUUCCCAAGCCUGGCCUUCAGAGGCGGAGGUCUGGGCAAUCUGAGGCAGUAAAGAUCACCCUUUCAUGAUUGUGCCUUGGAAGCCCAAUGUGAAGGCCCGUCUCGUUGUGCUCUUUUCAUUCUGUUAGAAAAUCAUCCCCAAAACAAUACUUCUUUGUUCUAGGAAUCACAUGCGGUUAUAAUGUAAUUUUUGUUAAAUGUAGAGUAACAUAAUUUUCAAGAGUUUUAGUCUUACUUUUCGAAGA